UCAUCUUAAGUAGCAUAUUCCAGAGCAAUCAAAAUUCAAAAUCAAAAUAAAUAAGACCAGAAACUGUGGGUGAAAAUGUCCAGACCGGCUGUAAGGGAACGCAAGCCCAGGAUCAGGAGAGCCUCGAGCUCGAAGAGUUCCGACAGUGAGCCGAGUGGUUCGAGGAAAUAUCUGGCAGGUGUGCUGAUAAGCAGGGACUCCAGCGAAACCCUGGGCCUGGAGCCCAGUGCCUCCAGUUUCCAGUAUCGCAACUGCAGUCCCUCGGACAAUGGCUAUGAUGCGGGCGCCGACACCGAUGAUGCCUGCGAUGAUGGCUUGGAUGAGGCCGCACUUAUGAACCUGAAGGCCCAAAGGCGAACCUCUCAGACGUUGAACUCCUUUGUCCUCCCGGAACCAAUACCAUCCCAUCGUUUUGGCGGAUUCCUCCGUCUGCUGGGCCGCAGUUUGCAUCAGUGCUCCAUGGGUAUAGCCGCCGGCUUGGGAUUGAGUCGCCAGCAGGCCGCCUGGUACAAGAACUGCUGGCAAAGUCCGGGCUCCCAGCCAAGGGGUAUCCACCUGAUGGGUCAGUUCUCCGAGCCCAGUGCGCCUUCAAAGAUCCCAGCUAGGCCACGAAGUAUUGAGAGUUCCACCACUUUGUAAUAAAGAAUGGGGAAGUUUAUUGUUUAAUCGUUA